UGCGGCGUGGUGGUUGGGGCGGAUCCCGCGGGGCCCGGGCGGGGGCAGGAGUCACCGGCCCGGCCAUGGCUGACAACGAGAAAUUGGACAACCAACGGCUCAAGAAUUUCAAGAACAAAGGCCGCGACUUGGAGACUAUGAGAAGACAACGAAAUGAAGUUGUAGUUGAGUUAAGGAAGAAUAAAAGAGAUGAACAUCUCUUAAAGAGAAGGAAUGUACCACAUGAAGAUAUCUGUGAAGACUCUGACAUAGAUGGUGAUUAUAGAGUGCAAAAUACCUCUCUAGAAGCUAUUGUUCAAAAUGCUUCAAGUGAUAACCAAGGAAUUCAAUUAAGUGCAGUUCAAGCUGCUAGGAAGCUUUUGUCCAGUGAUCGAAAUCCACCAAUUGAUGACUUAAUAAAAUCUGGAAUAUUGCCUAUUUUAGUCCAUUGUCUUGAAAGAGAUGACAAUCCUUCUUUACAGUUUGAAGCUGCAUGGGCUUUGACAAACAUUGCAUCUGGAACCUCUGAACAAACUCAAGCAGUAGUUCAGUCCAAUGCUGUGCCACUUUUCCUGAGGCUUCUCCAUUCACCCCAUCAAAAUGUCUGUGAGCAAGCAGUAUGGGCAUUGGGAAAUAUCAUAGGUGAUGGGCCACAGUGUAGAGAUUAUGUCAUAAGUCUUGGAGUUGUGAAACCUUUACUUUCCUUCAUAAGUCCAUCUAUUCCUAUAACAUUCUUAAGAAAUGUUACUUGGGUUAUGGUCAACUUAUGUCGCCACAAAGACCCUCCGCCCCCAAUGGAAACCAUUCAGGAGAUUCUUCCAGCUCUUUGUGUUUUAAUUCAUCACACAGACGUAAAUAUAUUGGUAGAUACAGUCUGGGCCCUCUCUUACCUUACUGAUGCUGGCAACGAACAGAUACAGAUGGUAAUAGACUCUGGAAUAGUCCCUCAUUUGGUUCCUCUGCUCAGCCACCAGGAAGUUAAAGUUCAGACAGCAGCACUUCGAGCUGUGGGCAACAUUGUUACUGGAACUGAUGAGCAAACACAAGUAGUUUUAAACUGUGAUGCUCUCUCUCACUUCCCCGCACUCCUGACACAUCCCAAAGAGAAAAUUAAUAAGGAAGCAGUGUGGUUCCUCUCUAACAUCACCGCAGGAAAUCAGCAGCAAGUUCAGGCAGUAAUUGAUGCCAAUCUUGUACCAAUGAUAAUACACCUUUUGGAUAAGGGAGAUUUUGGCACUCAGAAAGAAGCUGCAUGGGCCAUAAGUAACUUAACAAUUAGUGGAAGGAAAGAUCAAGUGGCCUACCUAAUCCAACAAAAUGUUAUCCCACCUUUUUGCAACUUGCUGACUGUAAAAGAUGCACAAGUUGUGCAAGUAGUACUUGAUGGACUAAGUAAUAUAUUAAAAAUGGCUGAAGAUGAGGCAGAAACCAUAGCCAAUCUUAUAGAAGAAUGUGGAGGACUGGAGAAAAUUGAACAACUUCAAAAUCAUGAAAAUGAAGACAUCUACAAAUUGGCCUAUGAGAUCAUUGAUCAGUUCUUCUCUUCAGAUGAUAUUGAUGAAGAUCCUAGCCUUGUUCCAGAGGCAAUACAAGGUGGAACAUUUGGUUUCAAUUCAUCUGCCAAUGUACCAACAGAAGGGUUCCAGUUUUAGAAAGAUGUUGUGGAAGUUAGGUACAAUGCAGCACUGAGAUAUAUAUAUAUAUAUACAUAUAUAUAAAAAGGUUUGAUCCAUCAAGCUUGGCUCAUGGGAUCUGCUGCUGCAUUAAAUCGGGAAAGAAAAUGUGAAGAUUUCAUUUGGAAUCACAGAAAAUGCCCAAAUGAGGUCAAGAUGGCGAGUGGGUGCGAGUGAGAAUGAGUGGCAAAAUGUAACGAAAACUUUACAUGAAUGCUUAUUUAGGUUGUUCAAAGUAAAAAGGGCUACAGGUCACAGAUCUUCAGUGCCUGAGAAGGAACAUUGACUUUAUAUCAAUUGAAGGGAAAGUGCAGUAAUGUCAUCUUCAAGCCUUGUAAGCAUAAAAGAGAAUAGGAUGCCCAUAUAAGUCAAAGGAAAAUGAGCCCAGGCCUUGCUAUGAAGCAGUGUGUGAAUGGACAAUGUUGAAUGAAUGUCUGGCUCAGUGAUAGACAGCCAGGUUCAUCUUUCAAAUCUAGGGCUCUUCAUUCAUGAAGCUGACUCCUAGUCCUGGAGUGACUGUGUACGAGAGUAUGGUUGUGGUGCUGUAUGUGAACGCAUGCAAGCUUGAUUUGCCUUCAGGGGGCUGAUAACAAACCUAGUAAAUCAUCACAGUGA